ACUCAGAGUGGAAAACAGCAGCAUUACAGCAUCCGUCCAGGUUAAAGGUUGUUGAGUUUCGCUUUCCAGUCGUCAGAAAUGAGGCUUUCGUCAGUUUAAUGUCACAGGUGGAAGGAAACGCAGGCAGAGCUCGGACACGAUGGAGACGGAAAUACUGAGAAUGAUCUGCGCCGGCCAAGGAGCAGUCAACACGGAGGAUUUAGUGUAUAAUCUGUUUUCCGGAGAUCCCACGAAGUUGUCGGAGAUCAUUUGUAACCGAGAGAAAUUUGUUUCCUGUUGUCCAAACGGACAGCCGAAGGUGGUGGCCAGGACCCGCCUGAGACUUUGCAGAGUGAAAGACUGUCUGGGGAUAUGCAGGGGUCUACACCUGUGCAAAAACUUCCUCUUCAGCGGAUUCUGUCAGUUCACUCAGCUCAGGAGGGGCUGCAGCUUCUCCCAUGAGCUGACCUCUGAGCAUAACCAAAGACUUCUGAGGGAGCAUGAGCUGGAGAGCCUGAGCCGAGAUGAGCUGUGCACCCUGCUGCUGCAGAGUGACCACACAGUUCUUCCUGAUAUAUGCUACAACUACAACAAUGGUGAUGGAGAGUUCGGCCGGUGUCAGGAUGGUGAUGGUUGCAGGCGGCUCCACAUCUGUGAGAACUACAUCAGCUGUAAAUGCAGCUGCUGGAAGAACCACGAUUUUAAUGCUCCACAGCCAUUAAAAGCUUUGAAAGCUAGAGGCGUACCUGACACACUCUUUCAGUCCUUGAAAGCUGCUUAUGCAAAUAAACAGGCUUUGAAGCUGGCUGGAGUCAGUGACCAUGGUCAACAAAGUCAGAGAGGCAGAGGGAGAGGUGGCCAUCAGCUCAGCAGAGGUUGGAGAGAUACUUGGGGCAACAGUGGCUUUAGGGGGAACAGAGGAAGCCACAGCAGCCGCCCGGUGCAGGAUCAGGCCUGUUCACUUAGUGACAUUGCUGCAAACAUUGACGCCUUUGACCUGUACUCCAGCGAUGGACUGAAUGAAAGCGACGAUGAAAACUCUCCCACUAGUGACAUCUCUGCCGCCACUAGCGACAACGAUGCGAGCAGCGAAAAUGAUGUAAGCCAAAACCGGACAUGGCGUCCAAAAAAAGCUGCUGUGCCUUUUAGAGGGAGAGGCGGCAACAGGGGCAACCAUCGGCUUUUUCAAAAUACUCGUUCCUUAAGUGACGUUCGUGCUGCUGUCAGUGAUGUAGCUGCUAGAGGCGGAGGAUGGCAGAACAAUAGACAGAGCCCUGUCAGAGAUAAAACAGGGAUCUGCAUGUACUUCAUUAAAGGUCACUGCAAACAUGAUGAUCGAUGUUUUAAAGCUCAUGACAAGAUGCCGUACCGAUGGCAGGUCCAAGAGGGACACCAGUGGACUGAUUUGCCCGAUAAUGAGACAAUUGAGAGAGACUACUGUGACCCCAGUAACUCAUACAGUAGCACCAGCCCAGCCGUGCACUUUGACACGAUGACCUGCGGACUGAAGCAGGUACGUCGGCUCUCGACAGAAAACUCUGUGACUGAGCCGACCUUCAUCCACACCACCGAGUGGCUUUGGUACUGGCAGGAUGAGUUUGGGAGGUGGAACAUGUUUGCAUCUGCUAUUGGUGGACAUGAAGCAGCAGACAUCAACAGCACAAAGCUGGAGAAGUUGUUCCUGGGCAAUAAUAAAGACGUUGUGGAGUUUACUGCUGGUUCACACUCGUAUUCACUCAGUUUCGAGGACAUGAUGCAGACAAACAACCUUAAUGGCACGAAGACGCUUGUGUGCAGACGGCCACGGUUUGUCUCUGCUGUAGACGUCCGAACAAAGAAAGUCAGAAGGCCUGUGGUUCAAAAUGUUGGCCCAGUACCGGACAACUGGGACAAGACACAGAUCCCUGAAACAGGAUAUUCGCAAAUCUCGCUCCAGAGCAGCUCAAGAGAAUUUAAGGAGGUUGAAGCUCUUUUCUGUAAAACCAUGAGAGGCUUUGAUAUCAUCAACAUUGAGAGAAUUCAGAACCAAAGUCUUUGGGCGGCCUUUCAGUUGCAGAAGAAUCAGAUGAGGACCAAAAACCGAGGGAGAGAUGUGCCUGAACUAAGGCUUUUUCAUGGCAUCGACUCCAAAUCUGUAAACACCAUCUGCCACAACAACUUCGACUGCAGAACUCAUGGAAUGGCUUAUGGCAAAGGCAGUUACUUUGCCCGCGAUGCCAAAUACUCCCACGACUUCACCGGUGACGCUGACGUCCGAGCCAUGUUCAUCUCACGGGUGCUGGUGGGAGACUACACCAAAGGGUCCUCCGAUUAUUGCCAACCUCCUUCAAAAGACGGAGGGGGCAUAAACCUCUAUGACAGCUGUGUAGACGAUGUAAUGGACCCCGCCAUAUUUGUGGUGUUUGAGAAGCACCAGAUCUACCCCGAGUACCUGAUACAGUACAAUUAGACAGUGUACUGGUGAAAGAAACCAGCUACCUUAUUAGCUUACCAACUCAGCACAGUUUCUUUCAUGUGCUGAUAGUGAGACAAAUGUAACUUUGAGUACUCAGAGUAGAAAAGAGAUAUGAGAACCACAUGUUUACCAUUAAGCAUUUAGCAAUGUUGGUAAAAAUGUGUGAAUUGUCCUGGGAAAUACUCGGUAAAACUAGCUUCCCAGUCAGUUGCUAUUUUAGGUUUAAUUCAAAUGAUGAAAAUUCUGAAUAAGCAAGUUUCUUUUGUUUGUUUCGAUGCUCAAACUUUUUCAACUCGACCAAAUGCAAAGUGAUUUUUAAAAGAAGACAAAUUUCCACAAAUCACAAACAUUUCCAGUCAGUCUGUCUUCAUGUUGCACAUGAAGACAUAUGUGCAUCUUUUGCAUCUUUUAUGUGCAAAAGAUGCACAUAAAACCAGGCUGGCACAAUCCCAUUUGCUGAGGUGUUUUUUUAUAGAAAUUACACUAACUUUUAUACAAAAUGUAAUAAUGACAUUUUGUAUCGCUAAUGAUCUUAGCAUACAAAAUGCUAUUUUAUGUAUCUCCUUAAUGGUGGGCCAAUCUAAAGAAAAGUUUUUUAAUAACAUUGCAGUUAUUAACAUCUAUUUUAAGCCAUGUCUUUAAGUUUUCAUAUUUAUCACCCUGACAAUGCGAUGAUGUCUCCAUUUGUUGUUGUUGUGACAUUCAACAUACGCGAAGGAAUUUAGUUAUACUCAACAUAAAUACAGAAUGAAGAAUUUGACAAAGCACUACAGGCUUAGCAAAAACCGCCCAUAGGACAGGUUUAUGUGAGUUAUAUAGAUAUGCUGCAGCGUGCUAACCAUAUCAGAAGAAAAGCCUGAGUGCUUUCCUCGUGAUUAUCUCGGGAAGUUUUAUACGUCAUCCACGUUUAGUGGUUAUCAUGCGAAAGCGUCGUACCUAAAACAUAUAAAAAGGGAUACCGUUGGAGGCGUUUAGAGCCUCAGAUUCUCGUAAGGAUUUGUCCGAGACACGACGGACUGCGUGUUGGUGCCUGAUGAUAGCUUUGCUGUUUUAGAUGACCUUUGCAACGUCAGCAGCAAGCAGGGACCAACGUCUGGGAACACGUAUAGAAACAAACAGCAGCAGUGUGCGAUGCUCACUGUGCUCGGAAAAGCUUGAGAAGAAGGAAAGCGAAAAACAUGGACCUUCUAGUCCAGCGGUCCCCAACCUUUUUUGCGCCACGGACCGGUUUAAUGUCAGACAAUAUUUUCCCGGACCGGUGUUCCGGGAAUCCAUCCUACCUGACAAACCAUCCUACCUGUUGUUUGUACACAUGCGCACAACACGAAAUUAAGUGGCGAACCGUCCUACCUUUGUGAAUAUGAGCGAGAAGAAUACUCCGAUGGGCAAAGUUAAGUGGCAAACCGUCAUGCCUACUUAAAUUUGUGCUGGAAUUAGGAAGUAGGAUGGUUUGUCAGAGCACCGGCUUUUAAGGUGUCGCGGAUAAAUACAAGAGAAUAAAAUGAUACGACCAAGACAAAUAUAAUAAUAAACCUGAAUUCACUGUGUGAUUGUGU